AUGGCUAAAAGACAUAAAGUGACAGUCACAAUUUUAUCAAUUCUUUUUUUUUUAAUAUUCACGGGGAUUCAUACAAUUUUUACAGAGUUUAACAAAAAAGAUUGGUUAGAAUUAUAUACAAGUUGCUAUGGUACAGGUAAUGUAAAAUGGGAAUUGCUUAUAAUUUUAACAAUUUUUAAUUUUUUAUUUUUAUUAGUAAAUGUAAAUUACAAAGAAAAUGUUAGUAAUUUAAAUAAUAGAAAGAGCCAGACAAGUGAUAUGAAUGAUGAUUUAAUAAACUUAGAUAUGAAUGAAUUUAGCAACAACGAGAAAGAUGAAAGCAGUAAAGAAAAUGAAAAGGAAAAAAUUUAUAAUAAAUUGAAAAUAAGAUAUUUAUAUAACAUAAGUAAUUCUCUUGUUUGUUAUUAUAGUAUGUGGAUAUUAUGUUAUUAUUUAAUUUAUUUUUUAUGUUUCUUAAGUUUUUUAUAUGGAAUUAGAAUAUUCAGUAAUAAUUUAAUUAAUAUAUAUACAAUUAGAACAUGUAAAAUUGAUAAAAUGACAAAUUAUAUGUUAUCAGAAAGUACAUUUAUAAGUUUAUAUUGGGUUAUUAUAAAUUUUAACGUAUUUUUAAGUAAAUAUACGGAUUCUUUUUAUAUUUCAAAUUAUCUGAAAUUAAAUAUGAAAUUUAGUAAUAAAAAAAAAAAAAUAAUUUUUCUUCUUAAUUAUGCAUAUCAAGUACUACUAUUAUUUUAUAGUAUAUAUAAAAAUAUUUCUUUAUUUACGAGAGGAGGUUAUAGCAUGAGUCAAAUAAUAUGUGCUCUUAUAUUUCUUUGUCUAAUAUUAUAUACUAUUUUAGAAAUUACUCAUGUUUUAGAAAUAAAUAAACCAUGUUAUAUUAGUAACUCCAAGCUGCCUUUUCAUUAUAUAUGGGCAAUUAUUUAUUUGUUUAUAAUUUUUAUUUCAUCAAUUAUAUUUUAUUUUUCCGUUUUUAGUUAUUCUAUAAAAGAUCAAUUUGUAAAUUUUCAAAUAAUGUUAUGGAUUUUUUUUAUAACUUUAACCUACAUAAAAAAAAAUCAACUAUUUAUUAAAGUUUGA